GAGAAAGGGAAAGAAAAUCGGCGGGAGGGAAUAAAAAAGAGAAAAAGAGGAAUGAAAAACACACUUCUCUCCCGAGCGAGACCCUGCGACACGCUCCGUGUGGUGCUAGACUGAGAGAAAUGGGGGUGAGAGCAAUGGGAAAAAGGAAAAAAGGAAAAAAAGAGGAAAAAACUUUUCCCCGGCAGUGCAAGGGUCUGGCCGGAGUCCGAGACAUGCUGCAAGCAGAAGGCAAAAACAAAAAAACAACGGACGCCCCCCAACCGCUGCUGACGUAAGCAACGUAAGCUUGAAACAG